AUGGUGUCGACGCUUGUGGAGAUGGGUUUCUCCGAGGUGCAGGCCAAACAGGCUCUGCUCUUGACUGAAAGCAACGUGGAAGCUGCUGCCGACAUGCUGCUGACCAACCCUCCGCCUAUAGAGGAAGGAGCCUCCGUCCCCUCUACCUCUGGGGCUAAGCUGGCGCAGCUCUUGGCCAUGGGCUUCGAGGAGCCGAAGGCCAGGGUGGCCCUGGAGAUGCACCGUGGAAACGUAGAAGCCGCUGCGGAGGCGCUGAUUCAAGAACAGGAGGUGGAGGUCGAGGGCUACCAUCCGGCCACACCAAGGACACCUCCUGAAGUUCUUGAGGUGGAGGACCACCAGCCGCCGGCCGCACCGAGGACACCGCCUGAGAUGUUCGAGGCUGGACCUAUUGCCGGAACCUCAUCGGCACGAGCGAGUCGAAGCGCCAGCGGAAGCCCCCCCAAGAAGAGGAGGAGGUGCGGGAGCUUGGAAGAAGACUCCGGCAGGAGUCUGGUCGACGAGGUCGAGGAGCCGGUGCUCGCGCCGCCCGCGGACAAAAAGGCCGACGCCUCUGCAGAGGCACCAGCCUCGGAAGCGGCCAACUCUCUCGGCGUGGACGCUUUCGCUCCGCGGCUGCAGUUCGCCUCUGAAUCCUUUGGCCCACUGCGGCGGAGACCUGUGCGGGUUCGCGAGGACCCCGAGCUUCACGCGAGGGUGCCCGAGAUGACCCGAGCCUCGGUGCCCGGUGUGGAGAGAUGGAAGGGGGAGCGAGGGCAGAAGCGUGUCCUGGACAUGCUCUCAGAUUGCUACAUGCAGGGAUUGUGGAUGCUUGGGCCACCCUCUGCUCCGGCUAACAAGGAGAUCGUUCCGGCUUUCCGCCACAUCUUUGCCACCCUCCAGCCGUUGGGCGCAGAGGAUCCCAAGCGGGUUCGCAUCCUUCGCACCCUGGCGGAGGCGUGCCAAGAUUGCCAGCAGGUCCAAGCACGAGAGAUCUUGCGUAUCUUUGGGGACUUGACAGCGCAGAAUGAGACCUUCGAGUCCCAGUUGAAGUAUUCGCUGCUGAGGCAGAAGGAGGGCGCCUUGAAUCGCUUCAUCAGCAUGAAGCACGAGCGCUGUGACAAGGACCACACCGAGGUUCAGCCAUGGCAGCAGCGACCACACCUCCUCAGCGGCUACCUGGACUGUGUCGGGGACAGCUUCGGACUGGAUGGGCUUGCAGCGGCCCAGAGCGAUCGUUUCCUUCCCCAGGUGAAGGCGGAGAUCAAGAAGACGCUAAAGAAAGGUGGCCAGAAACGGCUCCUCUCUACGCUGCAGCAGGAUCUCUGCGUGCGCGAGUGGCUGCAGACGUUGUUGGCUGACAUCAACAACCAGACCUCGAACUCCGACCGGCUCAUCGACCGAAGUUGCAUCUUCAGGUGGGUGCAGGCCAACAUGACCUCCCACGAUGCACACCUCGUUUUCUAUGACGAGGAGCGUGCGGAGGAGUUCCGAGGGCAGGAUCCGGAGCAGCCCAGCGUGGAGAACCAGUACCAGCCCUUUCUCAGCUGCAAAGUGCUGGUGGAGAUGUUGGUUGCAGCGAGGUUCUUGGCCUACAGAUCGCGCGACUCUGCCGAUGCAACAUCGAGCACCGGGGGCACUCGCCUGGGAGCCAGCCAGCUUUUGCCAUUCUUCGAGGCCGGCUCCCCCUGUGCCGUGUGGCCACGCCUCUCCUCGAAACAGCCGGCACCCAUCCGUCGAGCGGCGGUCCAAUGCCUGAUGCGCAUUUGCCGGGCGGUAGGCAGUUCCGAUGAGAGUGGGUUGCAGGUGGCAAGUGCUACGCACCGCGCCGCAGCCCUGAACGUCAUGGCCGAUGAGGCGGUCCCGCCAGCAACGGCUGCAGCCUUUGUCAGGGAUUUCGCAGUGGCAGGCCAGGAAAGCAGUUGUUGGGAAGGAAUGGUUGCCUCGAAGUCCCUGUGGCCACCUUUGACGGCCCUGCUCCGCCGGGGCGCCGCUUCCGGUGGUCGGCAAGAGACGGCUGCCGACUUCCUUCAGCACUUCUGCGAGCUCCUACAGGUCUUUCCUGAGAGUGCCUGGGCACCGGGAAAGGCGGAGCUGCUACUGGCGGAGAUUCUGCAGGAAGAUGAUGUGAAGUCCACAUUGUCCGAGCAUCUCGUAAAACUGCCGCUGUUCGAGGCGAUUCUUUCGGUUUUCUUUGGUUUCUGCCUUCGGACACUUACGAGUCAGUGA